AUGGUCGACGCCUUCAAGGGCAGGUGGAAGGCCAAGCUAUUCGCCAAGGACCACGCGGGAGACUCUCCACCAGAAGACCCAAAACCCAAAACGCAGACCUCCUUCAAGCUCAAUGAAGAUGUGAACGACUUCCUCAAGCCUUCCACCGAGCGUGCACAAGCCCACAAGGAGGCUGCCGCCUCCGCCUUCCUGAGCACUGCGGGUCGCCCGAAGAUCGACGUCGUCAGCGCACAAAGAUGGCCCUCCUCGAACGAUGUGUUGAACAGCGCAGCGGGGAAAAAUGGAGGAUUGAGGAAGGGGUCCCGCAAGAAGGGGCUCACCGUUUCCUUCGUGCGCACGCAGCCCGAUGUGAUCGGCGAGGGCGGCGACGAGUGCGAGGAGCCGUCAAUUGAAGUAUACAAUCGCAAGAAGUCGAACAGCGUUUCGGACAUGGAUAAGCUAGCAGCGCAGUCGCACCGGGACGAUAUCGCGCUCGGCGCACGCAGCCCCAAAUUCGACGCUCUAGCCAGCCACAAUGCGCAGGCUGCGCAGAGAGGCAUCGUCACCAGAACGUUGACCAGCGGCGGUGAACUGUCUCCGCCAUUGCGGCAGAAGCUCGAGAUGGGCAGCAUCAACACGCAUGCCAGCCCGCCUCCAGAGCCCGCUAAAGGCCUGGGGCACAUGGGACUAGGCCAGCGACCAAAGCCGUUGACGAGAGCACCAACCGGAUUCGAUAUCGUAGAGACUGAAGGUCAGACUAAUGAUCCUAGAAGGCCAAGCAUGGACUCUGCAUACUCAUUCGAGUCGGAAAAUAUAUCCCCAGUACUGUCGAAAAAGGUACCAGAACUCCCACCAAUGCAAGAAGAAGAGGAGAAUUUCAGACCAAAACCGCUGUCGCGAACACAGACGGGAUGGAGCGAACAUGCUGGGGACUCCGACAACGAGCCUGCGCCAGCAGUUCCACCACUGCCAGGAAUGAAGGAGACCGAGUCAGACUCGCCAAUAGAUGCAAAGGCGGUGCUUGCUGAGCGCUAUCUGCAGAGCGAACCUGCCGACCCCAAUUCUUACUCCGCAAGAGUGAUACACAAAAUGCGGGCAGACGAGGGCAAUGCUUUGCAUGAAGCUGCACAACGAGCAACCGAUCAUUCAAAGAGCGAUUCCGGCUCGAGUGCCAGUUCGUUUCAACCAGGCUCCGUGCAGUCCAGUGGGUUCGCAGUGGGGACACCACCCGCAACAGUCACUAUGCUUGCUGGCAAAACUCCACCACGAUUUGCUACCCGCGAUCUGGGACCAGCUCCAGAGUCGCCUCAACGCGCAUUGGAUGUAGAAGAUCCCUACAGGUCGAGAGCUCGCGGGCCGUCUCCUGGCAGGGGACCGAUGCCUCCAGGAACCCUCCCUCUGGACACUGACCCUCGCCCUUCUUCGUCUUCUUCUGGCCAUACCAUGCCUUCAGCAGCAUCCCGGACGCGCACUUCACCGCAUGAGCAAAACUCUGCAGCCACGACUGCGUCAAUACAACAAACGCCCUCCACCCUAGAGAACCAACCAUUUUCCGCCGUAAGGCAAACCUCCAUAGUCCCGACUCCACCGCAGUUCGAGCGACAGGCCUUCGCCUCGCCGCCGCGAGCAGAGCAACCGCCUGCGCCACCACCACACCGUGAGAUGCCAGCGCAGCAAACCGCUCCUAGUAACCAACGCCCGCUCCGGCCGCGCCAUGAUACAGCCACGUCAACGUUAGGUCGCUCAGAUACCAAAGUGCAAGCGGAAGGCGCAUUCCUAGAUUUCGGCGAGCGAGUGGAGCACAUGCGUGGGGUCUUCCAAUUAAUGGCACAGCUGAAUGGCCAGAUAUACGAUCAUGCGCCAACUGUCUGGCUGCGUGUCGCCAGUUGGUGGUUUCUCAAGGGGCGUGCGGCGAUGGAGACAGCCAUCAGGAGUCGAGUCAAGACCGCAGAACAGCAGCCAGAACGUCUUAUUCAAGCACAUGUGGAUCUUGCGAAAACAUGGUGGAUACUCGCCGAAGUCUUUGCUAAUCAUCCGAAGCUAAGGAAGUUCGGUGAUCAACAGAUGGCUUCGCAGGCCAAUGCAGCUAGGGAGGCCGGGGACGAACACAGUGCAGAAGCGUACGAUGCGCACGACGCCAUCCUCUCGGCCUUGAAGAUGCUGCUAGGAUCCAUGAAAAGACACCAGAGUAUGCCGCCUACACAGGCUCUCAUACAGGGUCAACAACAGGACAUUUGGGAGACUUAUCCCAAAUUUGCUCCAGACGCGGCGAGUGUCCUCUCUGCCGCUUCAGCUAAAUUGAUUGUUGCCGAUGGCCAGCAGCCGCGUAUCAACCCUAUGAAGUUCAUGCCCGUGUCGGAUACGAAAGCAGACUUCUGUUAUUUCAGGAUGUUUGCGCAGGUUUCAAUGUCGACAGAAGAUUUAAACACCGAUCGCGCUGUUUUUCCGGUCGUCAUUUCUGUACUGAGGUCACGCGACAACUUCAAUGUCAAACUCGCGAUCAGCAGUCAGACCGAGCUCGUCAAUAUCAUGGUAGGGCCGUCUGCGGAUCUUGGUGCCACCUGGAAAGAUGUUUCAUGGAGAUCAAAGAGCCAUGGCUUUGCGCUCCAGCUCCGUCACGGGUUCGUUCUGAAUGUUGAACUUCUUGAUUCCGACUUUCGUAGUCUCUGGAACAUUGUCGACCACACGAACCGCGUUGAUAGCGCUUUACGGGAACGAAGUGAUGAACAGGCUGCAUGUGUAAUGAUGCUUCGCGAAGGAAUCUACAAGGAUCCGACCAAUCCAGCCGCAUUUCCAGCAGAGCCUGUUAGAGGCAGCAAAUUACUCCUUUUUGAGAAGUUCGAUCUGAGUAGCGAGGGCACGGGCAAAAGAAAGCUUCACCGUGGUUACCGAGUAGUCAUGGUCACUCAUCCCAGAAAUCGUACGGUAGGGUUCGUAACCCAUGAAGCAGGCACAAAGCAGGAACCAUUGAAUUUUGCCUACACGACGGAGCCUGAUCAAGCCCCUUCGCUAGUCAUUCGGUUCCGAGAGGAAAUGCCGGACAAGCGGAUGAAGAUCUGCACCAUGCGUAUGGUCUUUGGUGACAGCAAGGAGCGAAAUCACAUUUUCGGGCUCCUCACUUCCUUGAACACCGGCGAAUCGGAGAAGAUGUUUGCUCAAGUUCCUUUGAAAGCUUACAAUAUCGAGAGCGCGGACCCGGCGGAAGGUUUCAGUCAAAGUGGAAGCAAUGUGCUUAACAAAUUACAAUGGCUUGAAGCAAAAACUAUGAAUCAAGAUCCCGAUGUCUUUGGUUUGGAGUCUGCGCCCACCGUCAUGAGCGAAAGCCUGAGAAUCUUGUGCAGACACAGCGCUGGCGUUUUUUCGGACCGCAUGAACCUUGACACGGGAGAGCUGCUUGUUCGAUUGCCAACUUCCGGUGCUCCCGAACUUACCUUUCUCAGAAAUCCGCAGCGUGACAUGGCUAUUGCUGUUGAUGCGUCGCGCUCGGACAAAGAUAUACCAGAUGCACUGGCAGACCUGCUCCGAACCCUCAUUAAUGCGUCUACUAUAAGGCGGCUGACAUUCGCCUCGUAUCAAGAUCUGCACGCUUUCCAACUUGCUGUCACUGGUUUCUCGGUUCGAUUUGAUGGUAUCGCUUCCACUCUCUCAAUCGCUCGACGCCGCAUGGUGGUCCCAAUCUACAAGCAGUGGACCGCAAACACAAUUCGCAUUCAGAUUGUCGAGCAGGACAACAUCGUACAACUUCUCGCUUUCUUCGAAGAGUUCUCACACGCAGACGCCAUGAACUUCCAACUCAAGCCGCAAGAUGAAUUCCAGAAAACUGACAAGGGCGGGAAAUCCUCUGUACGGCUUGUGGACUGCAAGUUUGCUUUACCCGUUGAAGAAAGGAAAGGGGAGGGCAAGAUGGGUAAAGAAGAGGGAAGGUUGACCGGCUGGGCUGGCAUGAAGAGGAGAUUCGUCUGUCUGGAUCAGAUCGAAUAUCCAGGAGAGCACGACGACAUUGUGAUAUCGUUUGAUAGCCAGGAGACGCGAGACAAGUUCGCCGAAGCGCUCCCAUCGGCGACAGUUUCGCGGAAGUUCACCGUCCGACGGAAGAUCUAG